UUUCUUUUUUCAAUCGUAUAACAAAAAACGAAACAGAUUCAUAUUUGGAAAAAAACAAUUUGUUAAUUAGAGAGUUGUCAUACAUGUUUAUAUUCUACUUGAUAUAUGUAGGUGUGCAUUAACAUGUUGUAACAGCAGAGCAAACAAAUAAAUAACAUUGAACACCGGAUAGAUUCUGUCAUUUAAUGUAGUUCGAUUGAUCACUUCCAAAAAGAAAGAAAUAAACAUAUUUUCCACAUAAUAGUAAAAACAUUUACGUAACAAGAGAAUUUAUAAUUAGUAUCUGGCAGAAAAUGUUGAAUGCAUUAGAGAAUAACACAUUACACAGUUAUUCUUACAAAAAUCCUAAUAUUUUCUCCACAACAAAUGACGUUACAAAUCUCUUCACAAUGCUCAUUGCACAACAACAGCCAAGUCACAUUAAUAGAGAACUACCACUAAAAAGCCGAUAUCAGUCGGUUUUCGUGGAAAAUUCUUUGGUUUAUAAUUUCUUAAAUAGAACAGAAUCGCCACCAGCUAAAUCAACAGUAGCAACAACGACUACUACUGCUACUAAUCAAUACGAAUAUCAAGAACUGUGGCCAAUUUCCUCUAAACAGUCGAAAUAUCAACUUAAAUUUGGAAUCGAUACUAUACUUGGUAGUUUAAAUACAAAUGAACACUUAUUGAAGAAACCCUCCGAAGUAACAAAUGAUUUGAAAAAGUUAUUUGAAGUGAAGACAGAUCAGUUAUCAGUAAAAAGUACAAGUUGUAUAAUGACAGCAACUGAACCAGAAUCUAACUGUGUAAAUAUAUAUUCUAAUGAACAGAAAAGUGUUCUGAAUAGGGACGGAUCUUUGACAAAUGUGAAUUUACCUUCAUCUGAAAUUAUGAAAACAUUGUCUAUGACUUUCUUAACACAUCAAUCACCGAAAUUCCUCUCCUCUUAUGAUCAUCAGCAACAUAGUUGUUCUCCACCAACUUCAUCUAUACAAUCAUCAAUACCACUGCAAUCUUCUUUGUUUCUUUCCUAUGGUUCAAUUCCUUUUACCAAUAAAAUUAAAAAAUCAUCCGUUUCAUCUGGUUCUUCAUCAUCUUCUUACUUAUCACCAACAAUACAAAAAGAACAAAUAUAUUUCCAUGACACUCCUGGUAAACUAUUGUUAACUCCACAACUACCCACCAAUAUGAUAAAAUCUACAGAAUCCUCAACCGUAAAAAUACAUAAAAAUUCUGAUUCAAAAGCGUUAGAUUAUAGUUAUUUAUCGGAUGAUCAAAGUGGAAAUUCUGUGAAUACUUCAUCAACGAUUGAUUUGUUAAAAUGUAUUGGUCCUGUUGAAUUUAUCAACAAUGGUGCUGGAAUUAAAAAUCCGUUGGCAUGUAGCACAAAAUUUGAGAGGGAAUGGCUAAAUCGUCUUUAUGCUUCUCAAGUAGGUCCAAAUGAAUAUGUUUGCAAAGCAUGUGGUAAACGUUUCCAAUUAUUGCGUCUUUUAACACGACAUAUUAAAUGUCAUAGUCAGUUACACAGAUAUUUAUGCAAGUUUUGUUUCAAAGGAUUCAAUGAUACAUUCGACUUAAAACGUCAUACCAGAACACAUACAGGUGUACGACCUUACAGAUGUUCAGAUUGUUCAAAAGCAUUUACCCAACGAUGCUCAUUAGAAGCACAUGGUCGUAAAGUUCAUGGUCGUCCAUUACAAUAUGCAUUCAAAGAACGUAGAGAUAAGUUAUAUGUAUGUGAAGAAUGUGGUUUCAGUACAACAGAUGCCGAAAAUCUACGUCAACACACACAAACAGUACAUGUAACUAUAAAAUCAUCAACUGGAGAAAUAUUACCAACCAAUACAUCUUCAAGCCUACUUCAGUUAUUUCCAAAUUAAGUAUUAAAUAAAAAUAAAAAAAUUUAAUAUCAUCAAAUGAAUAAACUAACGCACAUAAAAUAGAGAGUUAUAUAUUUUUUAAAUAAGUUCAAAAUAAAUUACGUAAUACACACAAAAUACACUGAUCUUUUUCUAAAUAGUCACCAAAACAACAACAAUUCAAUGUGAAAAACUCACCUUACUUGUGUUUCAACACUAUGAACUAGAAAUUACGCAAAUCCAAUGAACAACUCAAACAAACCUAAUUACAGACAAUAAACUGUAAUACAUAUACGAAUGAUCAUAUAUCUAAGACGGAUAGUUUGCAUAAUGUUUUUACCUCGAAUCAUUUACUACAUUUAUAACGAAAUAAUAAUAAUAACCAUAAUAAUAAUAAUAAUAAUAAU